AAUCAAUCAACAUCACCAACAUGUCCAAGAGGUCCAUAAACGGCGAAGAGCCCGUCUCUAAGAGACCCAGCAUUGCUCCCAAAAGCACUAAUAAACUAGGUGAAGAUGGAAUUUCCGAAUGUUUCCAUAAAGUUACCACAAGAAUGUAUGUGUCUUUGGCACCCAUGCACUUAAAGAACCCAAUUAAUGGUAUCAAAGCACAACAUUUAGAUCCUUUAAUCAUGAACUAUUUCCCCAAAGCCAAGGGAGUGGUCUUAGCAUAUUCCAACAUCAAACUUUCCUCCGACAACAUAAGUAUUGACUCUGAAGAUCAGCCCAUCUCCAUUGCUAGAAUCGAGGGCUCAUCUCCAUUCACUUUCUUGUGGGUCACCCUCGACUUGUUGAUAUGGAGACCUCAGGUGGGCGACGAGUUGGAAGGCUACAUCUACAUGCAGACCGCAUCCCACUUGGGUUUGUUGGUCCACGAUACCUUCAAUGCCUCCAUCAAGAAAUACAACAUUCCAAGCGGGUGGAGUUUCAUACCAAACCAGGAAGACGAGGUCCAAGAAGAGACCACCACGCCUAAGUUUAAAUCCUUCGGCUACUGGGUCGAUGAAAACGAAGUCAAGAUAGAAGGAAAGUUGAAAUUUACUAUCAAAGCCAUUCAUUCCGCUGGCAGAGUGGUAUCGGUCGAAGGUACCUUGAUCAAGCCAGGGGCCGAAAAGGAUGCCCAGCCCGUGUUUAGAGAACGCAGAUCCUCCGCAUCUAAUGGUCCAUCAGGAUCUCCAAAGGGUAAGCAUAUGAAAUUUGAUGAAGAACCAAUAGAGACAGUGACUGAAAUCCCAGAGCCUACCGACGAGAACGAGUUGCCCGGAUAUGCCAAGGAUAGUGACGACGAGGAUCUUGUAAAUAAUAGUGAUUCCGAUGGAGAUUCGGAUUAGUUUAUAAGUGCUAUAUACAUGUAUUCGACUGGCGAAUGUAGUUCGGCUACCGGUGCUAGCACCUCUAAAAUAAAGCCCUAACCAAGUAUGUGAGGUUUCUAUUAUGUUUUGAAGAUUCGGUCUUGAUGAGUUUAGUCUAUUAUGUUUAAGCGUUUCCAUUUAUUUCAAUGGUUUAUCAUCAUUGAUCAUCCUCCAGAUCACAUCUUUAUCCUUCAGAGAAGGUGGGUGGUACUUGGUGUUUCUCGACCCAUAGAUUAGCUUAUACCACCAUUUAUCCCUUGAGUGUCUGG